AUGACCACGUCUUGGAACCAGAAGGGCCCCUCCAACAAUAACAAGCCUCGCCAGCAAACGAAUUCUCAAUUAUUCUCGCUCCAGACCACCCGUCAUGAAGACUCUCGCAGCGACCCUCCUUUUCGCUGCAUCGGCAGCGGCUCAGGCUGGCCCCUGGGCCCAGUGCGGCGGCCAGGGACACACAGGUGCAACGACCUGCGUCUCGGGACAUUACUGCAGCGUCAUCAACCCCUUGGUAUUCGCAGUGUCUGCCCCGGCACAGCUCCCGGCGGCCCCCCUCCUCCGCCACCCACCACUCCCGUCCCUGCUCCACCCCCUGUGACGACUGUCAGCCCUCCGACAACAACCCCUCCAACUGCGCCGCCGCCGGUGACACCCGGCACAUGCCCUGCUCUACCCAGCGCCUCGGUCCCGCAAACGCGAACCUGCCCAACCCGUUCGUUUUCCAGAACGGUGCCGCUGUCACAACCAAGGCCGAUUGGGCAUGCCGCCAGCGCGAGAUCAGCGCCCAGAUUCAGACCUACGAGCUGGGAACCCUUCCCGGGAAGCCGCAACCAGGGCCGGUCCAUCUCCUUCGCUGUGACCAUCAACAAGCCCAGCGGCACGAACGUGCCGCCCAUCAUAGCGUAUGGUGCUGCCAGCAUCCCGAUCCCCGCGGGCGUCGCCACCAUCACCUACAACAACGACGAGGUCGCCCAGCAGCAGGGCGGCUCCUCGCGCGGCCGCGGCAAGUUCUACGACCUGUACGGCAGCUCGCACAGCGCCGGCGCCCUGACGGCGUGGGCCUGGGGCGUGGCGCGCAUCAUUGACGCGCUCGAGGCGACGCCGGCCUAUCCGGCCGCGAACGGAUCGCCCUGCUGGCGCAUCGCCGACUGGCAGAAGCAGAACGGCCAGAACGUGCAGACGGCGUCGCAGAUUGUCGGGGAGAACGUCUGGCUCGGCACGGCCUUCAACACGUACACGAGCAACGUGCGCGCGCUGCCUUUUGACCAUCACAUGCUCGCCGGUCUCGUCGCGCCUCGCGCGUUGUACGUCAUGGAGAACUCGGACAUGGAGUGGCUCGGCUGGACUGCGACAUACGGCUGCAUGGGCGCUGCAAGGAAGCAGUGGGAGGCUCUCGGUGCCCUCGACAACUUUGGCUACAGCCAGGUCGGCGGAAAUUCGCACUGCUCGUUCCCAGCGGCCAAGCAGGGAAGCGAACUGACAGCGUUCAUCAACAAGUUCCUGCUGCAGUCGGGCGGUGGCACGACGAGCAUCUUCCGGACGGAGAAGAACCAUGGCAGCUUCAACUUGAACACGUGGGCUUCGUGGAGCGUGCCCACUCUGACGUAA